AUGGUCGAACACGUAUCUAUUAAUGGCGCCCAAUUAGCAUACCGCUUGGUCGGUCCUGAAAAUGCACCAUUGAUCGUCACCUUACAUGGUGGGCGAGGAUUUGGAGACCACAAGUCAGACUUUAAGGCGUAUUCGCCCCUCUCGUCUUCGCAUCGCGUGCUUUCUUUUGAUUUUCGAGGUCAUGGUCAAAGUUCGCGAACAGAGCCAUUCACCUUUCACCAACUUGUUGAAGAUAUCGAGGGACUGCGGCGCCAUUUCCUCGACGAUUCUCAGCCAUGCAUUAUAUGUGGGGGCAGCUUUGGUGGAUUUUUGGCCCAGCAGUAUGCGAUCACAUAUCCAUCCAAAGUCUCUCAUCUGAUACUUCGAGGAACUGCCCCUUCUCACCAUCGUAAGUAUAUGGAAAAUGAGAACGCUAUCCGUACUUUGGAAGAACGGGCAUCUAAAGCCCCGGGCCUUUCAAUCAAUUUCCUGAAAGAUAAAAUCUUUGGUCGCUUUGACAGUGACAUCGAGUUCCGUCUGGUUAUGUAUGCCGCUGCUCCGUUGUACAGCGAGCGUUUUGACCCCGAUCAAGGCUUAAAGCACAACCUUGAUACCGUGUUCUAUGCGAAAUCCCAUAAAGAAAAAUUCUUCGACUACAGGGACCGGCUUCAUCUGAUCACUGGAAAGACGUUGGUUCUCGUUGGCGAGUACGAUUGGAUCUGCCCGCCCGACCAGUCCAGGGAUAUUGCUUCCAGAAUUCCCGGGGCGGAAUUGAAAAUCAUCGCAAACGCUAAUCACAGUGUGCAUCUGGAAAAGAAUGCGGAGGUUAUUGAAUUGAUUCACCAACAUCUCUCAUAG